AUGGAUUCCAAAGUCCAAAUUCAUACAGAAAAUCCUGAAUCUCAAGCCCCUUCAGAGGACCAGAAUCAAACCCAGAUUUCUUUCAUUCCUAUAGCUUCAAUUUCUUUAUCGCUUUCCGCUGUUCUUCCUUCCCAUUUUCUCCCCCCUUCCCAAAAAAUCGCUUCAAUCUUCAAUCCUCCAAAUAAGGUGAAAAUCCCAUCUCAAAUUUCAUCGCUUUCCCAUCUUUCAAUUUCCUCUUCACUGUCACCUGCGAAGCCAUUUUUCAAAUCGACCAUUUCUGCCAACCCACUUCAAAGCCCACUCACUCUGAAUCCACUUCGGCCCUCUGAGCCAUCCAAUGCCGCGGCCCUUCGUCGUGCCUCCAUUGUUUGGUUCCGGAAUGACCUACGAGUCCAUGACAAUGAGUGCCUUACUUCUGCCCAUAAUGAGUCCAUAUCUGUACUUCCAGUUUACUGCUUUGACCCACGGGACUAUGGGAAAUCUUCGUCGGGAUUCGAUAAGACAGGCCCUUAUCGUGCCACUUUUUUGAUAGAAUCCGUUUCUAAUUUGAGGAAGAAUCUGCAGGCACGCGGGUCGGAUCUUGUGGUCCGGAUUGGAACGCCCGAGAGUGUGCUGGUGGAGCUGGCCAAGGCUGUGGGGGCCGAGGCAGUAUUUAUGCACAGGGAGGUUUCUUGCAACGAGGUGAAAGCAGAGGAGAAGAUCGAGACGGUGAUGAAGGAUGAGGGAGUAGAGGUGAAGUACUUCUGGGGAAGCACAUUACACCAUUUGGAGGAUCUGCCAUUUAAGUUGGAGGAAAUGCCUACAAAUUAUGGGGGUUUUAAGGAGAAAGUGAAAGGAUUGGAGGUGAGGAAGACAAUUGAGGCGAUAGACCAGAUGAGGGGGUUACCGGCCCGAGGGGACGUGGAGCCUGGGGAGAUACCUUCAUUAGUGGAUUUGGGUCUUAACCCAAAUGCAACCAUGGGUCAGAAUGGAAAACCAGCCGCUGAUGCUUCUCUUGUGGGAGGAGAGACUGAAGCAUUGCUGAGGCUGAGAAAAUUUGCAGCGGAAUGCAAAGCAAAACCACACAAGGGAUCUGAGAAUGGGGCUAACGAGAGCAUAUUUGGCGCAAACUUUUCUUGCAAAAUAUCCCCAUGGCUGGCCAUGGGAUGCAUUUCUCCUCGCUCCAUGUUUGAUGAGCUGAAGAAGUCUACUUCAAGUCUAAUCUCUGCUUCCUACAACAAGAAAGAUGGUGGUAGUAAGUCAUCAGAUACUGGAAUGAACUGGCUAAUGUAUGAGCUUCUGUGGAGGGAUUUCUUUAGAUUCAUCACCCGGAAAUACAGUUCUGUGAAACAACACAAUGAUGCUCCGGUGACAGCUUGUUCAGGUGCUGCAGCCUAA